CAAUAAUUUACUCCCACAUUAAUCAAAUGCUUUAUACCACGACUUGCAUGGGUAUAAAACGUUUUUACAAAAGGAAACGUACUAUAAAGCAGGUUAAAUCAUUGUCAUCAGAAAAAAGGAGAUAUUCAGUACAGAAUGCAUCCGGAUCUGGAGCCCUUCCUCCAAGAAACAGUCCACGUGCAACACCAUAUUUGAAUACGCCGGUUACAUCAGCUGGACCAAUACCUGUAUCAUCGACAAUUCCAAGAGCAUCGAUCGCAUGUAUCCCACUGAGUGUUCAGGCUCAAAUUCAACAAAACCAAGCAAUUAAAUCUGAACAACCUUCUAUUGCAAAACCUACACCAUCACCUUUGACAAAAACUUUUGUUACACCUCAAGUAACACCCAGAGCAUCUAUAAGCAAAGGUUUUGAAUCAGAUAUAGAACAUACUAAAAAACUUAAUCGUCUACCAAAAUCUUUCCAAUGUGAUUGUUGUCAACAUGUUACUGUGACCAGAAUAACAUAUCAUGUUGGUGUUUUAACAUGGCUUAUGGCAGUGUUAAUUUUUCUAUGUGGUGGCGUUCUAGGCUGUUUUCUGAUACCAUUCUUUACAAAUUGUUGUAAAGAUGUUAAACAUGAAUGUCCAUUCUGUGGUACAGAAAUUGGUAUGGUUAAAUGUAUCUAAAUGUGUUUUUUUUUUAUUAUUUAUUACUGGACAAUGAAUAGAAAUACUUAUUUGAUUGGAAAUCACUUACAUCCUAUGAACACAUACCAUAUUUGCGUUUCAUAAAUAUUUUUACUUAUGUUCUGUGGAGAACAAUUUUUAUUCAAAGUAAAUACACUAAUCUCAACCACAAAAAAUAAAACAUGUAUUACUUCGAAGGUGUUGCCAUUUUAUGAAAGAAAGAAAGAAACCCCAGAGACUUUUUUUAAAAUUAUAACUCAAAUACUGAUUUCUUAUUUUGCUGUAUUAUGUAUAAAUCAAAAAUGAAUAGUAAUCUGUAUCUAAUGAUAUUGUAAACAUAAAAUUCUAUUAAAUAUUCAACAUUUAACAUUUUGAUUAAUCAUUAUAAGUUUAUUUCUUACUACUGAAAAGUGUUGAUAUUUUAAUGAACAAUAAUUUUUUCAUUAUUAUUAUUAUUAUUAUUAUUACCAUUAUGGGAUUUACAUCCAAAACUGUAGCUUUGUCUUAAUGUGAUAUGGCAACUUGAACUGAUGUAUGUACGUACAAAGUUCUACGUUGUUGACUGACUGACUGACUGACUGAUAUAUAUACUCAUGAAAUUAUCCUAUUUUUUAUUUUCUUCUAAAUAUUUUAUUUUAAUAUGGAAACAAUUCGUUUUUUGUUUUAAAAAUUGAAAAUCGAAACAAAAAUAAUAUUUGAUAUUAUUUAAAUUGAAUUGAAAUGUACUUCUUUCUCUUUUUUUUUUACUUUUCACUUUCUUUACGUAUGAUGUAUUUGUUAUUUAAUUGUUUGCCUUUACUGACUUCUUCUUAACUAAAUGUAUUUAUUUAUUCAAUGUAUUCUUUUUUAAUGAUCAGAUAUGUAUGAAUGUUUUCAUAAAGUACUAAUAAAUUUCAUAAUAAUUGUAA